AUGUCUGACACCGGCCGCAAAGAUAUUUCCGACAAGAUCGCUUCUGCUGUGAAGCCAGAUGACCAGAAGGGCACCUUCGAGUUGGCCAAGGACAAGGUCACCGACUCCGCUGACAACGCCGUUGGCGACAGCACUAGACUGGGCGACAAGUCCUUCUUGCAGCAGGCUUCUGACGCUGUUUUCGGCGAGAAGAAGUAA